AUGGAGUUUGCUUCAUCCAAGGAAUCCUCCCUGAAACAGGCAUGCGAUAACUGCAGGCGGCGCAAGAUAAAGUGUAACCGGGGGCUACCCGCGUGUGAUAAAUGUCAACGGCUACUGCUCUCCUGCUCCUACAGUGAUGUGCUUCGCCGCAAAGGUCCCAAGUUCCGGACUCUGUAUCCCCUCGCCCCUGUCCACCCACUCUCGGCCCGGCACGGCACCAGCCGGGCUGCGGAACAACGACUAUACGGCACCGACAGCGAUACCUUUCCCGACCAGUUAUCGACCUACGGUAUAAGCUCUCCCACAUCGCCGGUGUUCGGCGUGCCGGACCAGCAUUAUUCUUUCCCGGACGGCUCAGAUACACUCUCGCAGCUCCCGCCGCCAGAACUGGUUUCCUCGCCGGACUCGACAAACUCGACUUCCGGGUCCGCGAAUAGCCAUGCUCUCCCACACGCCCGCCGCCUAUCUCCGCAGAUUCUGCUCGCCCACGUCAAUGUUUACCUCAAGUAUCUGUUCCCCAUCAUGCCGGUUGUGCGCAGCGAGCAAUUACAGCGGGACAGCCAUCAGCCGGAGCGCCUAUCCCCUCAGCGGUAUGCGUUCCUAGCGUCUCUGUGCGCCGCUACGCACAUUCAAUUGAAGCUGGACGGGGACACGCCUGUUCCCGAGCCGAGUCGGUUGCAAAGCAUGGGCGAGGGACAUUGCUUGAUGUCCGGAGAAGAGUUACUCACUGAAGCUUUACGGGCACGGCGCGAAUGCGACAUUGUGGAGGGUAUGAACAUCGAAAGUCUGUUGACCUCGUUCUUCCUUUUUGCUACAUAUGGCAAUCUGGAUAGACAAGAUCAUGCGUGGUUCUAUCUGUGCCAGGCCACUUCUAUGGCGUUCACCUUGGGCCUGCACCGCGAGUCGACAUAUGCGGAGUGGAAUGUAGAGGAGGCCGAAGAGAAGCGGCGUGUAUUUUGGCUUUUAUUUAUCACAGAAAGAGGCUAUGCUCUCCAACAAGCUAAACCAGUGCUGCUGCGCAGCUCCAUCCACAAGCCCCAGGUGCUCUGCUCCGAAGACCCUAUUCUCGCAUACGGCUUCAUCAACCUGAUCAACAUCUUCGAGAAACUCACCUCAAACCUGUACGAUUGGCUGUCCGCUGGCGGAGGAGAUGGACUCCUAGAGAGACCUCCCACAUCCGCCAUCCAGUCCAGUCUCUGCAAGCCCGUCGUCCUGGACGGGGUGCUCGAGAUCCAGCAAGUUGACAUCCUGGUCACGCAGCAGUGGCUGCAGGCCAUGAUGUGGAAGCUAUCUAUGAGUCGAGCCACGCAGCCCGGCUCGCGCGACGACGCGGUCCUUCCUUUCCAUUUACCUGUGCUCGUGGGCAAGGCCGUUAUGAGUGUGAUCGGGACUGCAUCGCAAGGUGCGGUGGAUGCACAUGGAAUCGGAAUGGAGCAAAAACUAUUCGACAUGGGGUCCUCCGUCGCGGACGUGACGCACUCCCUCGGGUCGAAGAGCAUGCACCGAUUGGCGGAGUCGAGUAUCGAUCCUCGCGAACUGCUCUGGGGGAUUCUGCAUACCCUCUCGCAAAUCCGAGGUUCGCCCUCAUACCUAUUCCCGACACUGCUGGAACGCUGCAAGACCGUACUGGGCCUGGAUUGUACCAUCACCACGGGAAACUGGCUACCCGGUUUAGGCGAGGCCUCGCCGGAUGAUCUGGCCUCAUGGACAGCUGAGAGGAGUAGCUGGUAUUUGGCGGCUGCUAACCAUGAGGAUAUGCAGAAUGUCAGUGAGGUGGAGAGUGACCGGGCUCGAGGUGAUAUGCCCGUGUUACGGCCGGACAUGUCGUCGAAGAUGAGGUUCGAAGAUCGUGUGUAUUGA